AUGGUUCAUUUCGAUUCGCGAGGUCUGCUCCCCGAGGAAUCUGGGGAGAAGGAGACAGUGGUCGGUUCCGAUCGAACCGCUCGUCAAACACGGUCAUGCAAGGUCUGUCGGGCCCGCAAGGUCAGGUGUGAUCGUAUCAAACCCUGUCAUGCAUGCUGCGCUCAUGGGUACCCUUCCAAAUGUGUCUACGAGCCUACGUCUGAUGAGGAUCCUCGGCCUAUCAGCCAGGCAGAGGAAAUAGACUAUUUGCGGACGGAGAUCCGUGAGUUAACAGUUCGACUAAACAAUCGUGAACACCGGAACCGAACUCAACGGCGUUUUGUGGAACUCAAGAAGUUGUUCGAAUCAAUCCGCUCCGCCCCGCUGGAUGUUGUCGAUCGUAUCGUCUCGGAUAUUCGGACCUCCAAAGGCGAGGUAAUUGCUGUCUCCGGUAGUUCAUGGGAAGGGGUAGAUGUACAUGAUCGGGCCCUCGCUCCGCGCUCUUCAUGCGAGAAUUACGUUGAUGAACUGGUGCAGGACAAUGGAUGUGCAUAUGUUUGCUCUGAUCAGUUUGAUUUCAACCGGAGUCCAUCCGUUUCUUCGGACGAGUCAUCAUCUGGUAGCUCUAUUCUAUGCCUGACCUCGACUAGGCCGAUGCUCGAUAUCUUUAUCGAACGUUUCGUAGACGCCUUCAGCCCGGAGGUUGAUGUGAAAUCUGGUCAGGCAGGGGCAUUACGACGAGCCGCCGAAAUCCGUAUGUUUUCACCUAUUCUUACGGAUGCGUUUGAAACAGUAUCUGUGGCAUUCUUCGGUCGAUCUAUCCAAGAUAAAGGCCUUGAAGCUUCAGGCCUCUGUACCUAUCCUCGCGUCCUGCGAAGCCUUCAGGAGGCAUUGCAGGAUCCAGAGCGCAGCAAGGCUGAGUCGACACUCGUGACAGUCAUUCUUCUAAUGGCUUUUGAGAGUGUCGAACGUACAACCCAAGGAUCACUGUCGGCCCACAUUCAAGGCGCUCUGAGAUUGAUCGAACAUCGGGGUGCCGAGAAUCACAUAUAUGGAGUAGAGCAUCUGCUAUUCGCUGAACUGCGGCCAUAUUGGGUUGGCGCUGCCAUUGUCAACCGCACUCCAUCCUUUCUCGCUCAGGAUGAAUGGAAAACAAUACCGUGGUCGGCUAAUACGACCAAGAAAGACAUUCUCCAUCAUCUGCUGGAUUUAGCGGUUGACAUACCGGCCGUGCUAUCACAGCAUGACUCUCUCCAGUCCGCGUUAGAGUCGAAAAUUUUGAUGAGUGCCCACGAAACCGCGGUCAAGCAGACCACGCUUUGGAACUGCAUUGCGGAUUUGACUCACCGGUUCCUACAGUGGAAAGAAGCAUGGGUCGAUAAUUAUGAAGAUGGACCCCAGAGAGAAGUUGACGCUGAGCCGAGUGACCAAUUCCCAAUUUUCCGAUGUCGGGAUCUGCAAACCGGUGCUACUAUAAUCCCCCCAAGGUUUGUGUAUCCUAACCUGCGCUUGGCCCAAACGAUGUGCCUUUACUAUUCCUCACGGCUUGUCUUGUCCUCCAUUGACACUCGACCGGAUCAUGUGAGCCCAGCGGAGCAAUACGAGCUGGGAUGUGGCAUCUGCCGUAGUCUAGAAUGGUAUAUCCUGACUGCGCCGGGGAACAUGAUUAACCGGCUUGCGUUUCCCGUGCGAGUUGCGUGGGAGGUUUUCCCCGAUGGCGGGCCAGAGCGGACGUUUAUUUACGAGGUGUUGAAGCUGGUGGAGAAGCGCCAUGCGCUUGGACUCUGGGGUAGUGCCAUGCCUGAGUUUUCUCCUCGUGCCAGUUCGCCACCGAAAACGGGUUAA